AUGGCACAGGAGAAUACGUCAACGUCCAAUGGACUGGAAAACCAAAUGCGGAAUAUGGUUCUCGGCAAUGGGACAAUUACCAGCGAACAGACUAACCAAGGCCCUCAAAACCCUCAAUCAUCGCAGCAUCGGCCAGGGCGUGGACAUGGACGUGGAUAUGGACGCGGCGGUGUCUCUCACGGCUUCGAGAGGAACUACCAAAACUACGCUGAUCAGGGCCAAAGAUGGCGCGCGAAUGGUCCGACAAACCAAUCGCCCAUGGUAGCGGGGAGGGUAUAUCCAUCAAGUCAACGCUACCAACCGCCCCAAGCAGGCUAUUCACAAAACGCAUCACCAGGAGAUCAGAGUAGGCACUCUGGGCGGAUGCCACCAAGGUCUUAUAACCAGCGCACAACCCAAACCCCAACGGUGCUUCAAAGGCCGUCGGGUAAUGCUAUGCUGCCAGUUCAGGGACAAGCAAGCUCAUCACUACGGUCACAAGCCUCCUAUCCACCUCAGCACAACGCUACACAGCCUCGGGAAGACCCAACGGCACAGAUCGAGCACCUGGACCACCUAGCGACACAAGAGAUCCCAGGAAUCGAAAUGAGUCUUGCUGAGCUGGAGGAAAAGGAGGCAUUCAGAAAGCACCUCGAGCGCAUCUUGCAGCAAGCUUUUGCUGAGAAUUACCCCGGAGAUAUAGCCACCCAUUCACUAGUCGGCUUCGGUAGUUUGGCUUCAGGAUUUGGCAUGCCUGGCUCGGACAUGGAUCUUGCAGUUGUGACAAAGUGGAAUGACCCUUCCAGAUCAGACGUGGUAGAAAUUGAUCGCAGCAUUCCGCGUCUCCUGGGACGCGCAGUGCUCGAUGCCAAGCUGGGCGGUCGUCUGCUUACGAAGACACGAGUGCCGAUUUUGAAGAUAUGCCAGAAUCCGACAGAUGCGCUGUAUGCUGCCCUUUGCGAAGAUCGCAAGAAAUGGGAUGGUCUCCCUGAAGAGGAAGGGAAUCCUGGUGAUGGUCCACUAAAGCCUUCGUCGAAGCCGAAACCACUGGUAAAGGCUGAUGGCGAAAAGUCUGCUGAGCCCACGCAACGUGCGAACAGCUCGGUGAUUGGUGAAGGCUUCCCAGAGCUUGGCUCUCAAUCGGCUACCAAGGCACAACAAAAGACACGCUCAAAAGACGAGCCGAUGAAGAGUAAUGCUCCUACAUUAGCUGCCAGACCAGAUGAAGUCAACAGCAACGGAACCAGCAACACUGCCGCCAAAAAACAGCAACCUCGCGCCGAGAAGGUCUGGACGCGGGAAAGGGCCAUUGGACCACUCGACUUUCCAAAGACUGGCGUAGGUAUUCAAUGCGAUAUCAACUUCGAGAAUCCCCUCGGCAUUCACAACACCCAUAUGCUCCGCUGCUACUCUCUCACUGAUCCUCGCGUACGCCCUAUAGUCCUCUUCGUCAAGGCCUGGGCAAAGCGCCGCAAAAUUAACAGUGCCUAUUCCGGCACACUAUCUUCUUACGGUUGGGUUUUGAUGGUCGUGCACUACCUCGUAAACAUUGCCCAACCACCAGUCUGCCCCAAUCUCCAACACUCCAUCCCCCAACCGACGGACGUCGCAGGCCUUGCGAAGUUUAUGGGGACCACCGUCAGUGGCUACAGCGUUCGCUUCUGGCGCAACGAGCAGGAAAUCACCGAAGCAGCACAAGCAGGCCGGCUCACGCAGAACACACAGUCGGUCGGUGCACUUCUUCGUGGCUUCUUCCAGUACUACGCGGGCACCCCGGCGUACUUUUACGGUCCGCGGCCGCCGCAGUUCUACUGGACUAACGAGGUUCUAUCACUCCGUACACAAGGCGGCAUCCAGUCGAAGCAGAGCAAGGGAUGGGUCAGCGCCACGACGAAGAUCACGGCAGAGAAGAAAGUCACGAAUCGGUACUUGUUUGCCAUUGAGGAUCCCUUCGAGCUCGAUCACAACGUCGCGAGGACCGUUACGCAUCGAGGUGUCGUGGCGAUUCGAGAUGAAAUCCGCCGAGUUGGGAGGAUACUGAGAGCUAUUGGGCAGGGAGUGCAGCCAGAGGGGGGCAUUUUCGAUGAGGUUUUCGAGACCGUGCUGUCGGCGCCCACACUGAAUCCCGAAGAGGUAGGAGCGCCGCAGAAGACGACAGCGGAGAAAGUCGACGGCACGGGCCAGGCCGAGGAAGACAGCCAGCAACGUGUAGGGUAA